GGUUUGGUGGUUUUUUUUUUUAAAGUUUUAUUUUAGAAAUCUGCACCAUUAAAGAUUUUAAAAUGAUGCUUUAGGUUGUUGAGUAAUACCAGUGGUGAAAUUUUACAGAAUCAGAUACAGGUACAAAUCUGAUGAGAACAGAAUUUUAAAGGAAAUCGCAGCUCAGUGGUUGUUAUAUUCAAAGCUAUUGAUUAACUUUAAUUGUUUGGUAUAAUAAAACACUUACUUACUGGUAAUUUGAGUUGAUUGCAAAUUCUUGACUCAUCGCUCUUCUUCCCUUCAUGCCAGGCCAUAGUUUGAUUCUCAAGGGUAUCAUAAAUGUGCUUUCACAUUCAUGACCAGUUAAUAAGUAAUUACUGAAUCAGAUGUCUCUCUUCCCAUGAUAGUAACAGAACUAAAUAUUUAGAUUUCUAAAUUCCGAUAAGAAGCGGCUGUUCCGGGUAAGCUUCCUGACCCAUGGGCCUCUUCUUGUGUGGAGCUUGAAAUUAAUUUCAUAUUCCAAUUUCAUUCUGAGAACAUUUGAAGCAAGAAGUCUGAAGAAAGCAAUUUUAAUAUCAAAUGCACAUAAUUAGUAUAUUAAACUUUCUAGACAUUAAUUCAUUAAGGAAAUGCGAUUGUGCAUAAAAUAAAUAUGGUUGGACAUUUUCCGUUGUCUUUAAAAGUGUAUUUGUCAGUGAAAGUGUAUUUGAUUAGCGUUACUUUUAAGAAACCUUAUAUGUAUCGCACUGUCGCUUCAGGUUCUCAUGACAACGAUAAAAAGCUUUAUAAGAUUUUAAAUUCUUAAGCUAUGAGUCAAUUUACAUAUUUGCUGGCUACCUGUGAAUCUAAGUAUCUUAACAAAGCAAUGCACUUUUUCAGGUAAAAAUGGGGAUGACCUGCAUUGACAAGGUUAAACAGGUCAAGGAAAUAACUUUCACUGAUGCAUAUACCAGUAGUAAGGGGAGUAAAUGCUAAGCAUGAAGUAAAAGUUUUCUCUGGAGGUCUAGGUUUACCUGUGAAAGAUAUAUUUUUUUUAUCAGUGAAUGUUUUUAAGGUCACCUUACAGAAGAUGAAUCAGAGGAGAGCUCUAUCUCCCCUCCCCAAACCAACAAACUUCCCCAAAACCCAGUCGGCUCAGGUUUCAUUUUCACACUGGUUGAACUUUAAAAUCUGUAUGUGUGUGUGUGUUGUCUUUAGAUCAUAACAAUGAAGGCUGCGGGAUUAUUAGGUCAUAAUGCAAAUUUUCUGUCUUUACAUCUCAUUAAUCAGUGGGAAGUUCAAUUUCUCUGUAGAUAUUUAAGUUGGCUUUUUAUAUUGGAUAAGGUCGCAGGGUCAGUGAGGAAUGCUCAGGUAGUUUAAAUGUUCGAGCUACAAUUAAAGGAAUGUAGUCCGAUUAUAUUGUGUACAGCAUGUUUAGUGAUAAAGAGAUUUCAGUUGGAAGGUCACACAUGAAUUUAUCAAACUGGAAAGGUAUCGUUUAGCAGUGUUUGUCACCCAGCACCAAGGGAGGCUACUCUCUCAGGUUCAGAUAUAAUGUGAAAGGAAUUUGGGAAAAAUCAGACAUGGUGAAGUAAAACUGAAAGAAAAGAUGUCAGGUGGUAAAAUGCCAAACACACGAUGUGUACAUGAUCAGGGCAUAUUAAUGUGGAAAAUAGAGAAGUCUAUAUAAAGCAGGAAACUGGAGAGUGAAGCAAAACAGAAUCUGGAGACAGGGGAAGGUGUGGGCACGCUGUCCGCCACGAACAUGCUGCCCGAGUCGGCCGAGAAAAUGGGCACUGAACUAAAUGGCACUGCUGUCAAGUCAGAGGUCAAGGUCGAAGUCAAAGAGGAACCUAUGGAGGAGAAACGCAACAUGGAAUCCAUUCCCUGCACCACUAACCCCUCAGGACCACCCAGCAAUAAACUGACCAAUGGAGAAACAGAUAACAACAAUCAUGCCAUUGAGAAACCAAAAGUGAAGGAAGAGAAACUGCCCCCUCAAACAUUGGCAGAAGUACUCAGCGAGGAUCCAGAUGAGAGAAGAUCUUCGCCAGCCAAGCCAGUCCCUACUCCACUGGGGCCAAACAAGACGCCCCAGCCUCCCAAAAUGUCUAAGUCCCCCAUAGCAGCCCCACCCAUCUCGUCACAGGGAACUCCUCCAACCAGUCACAUGGUACCUCACCCCCAGCAGGCCCCACCCACUAGUGGAGAAUCCCAGUUCAUGCAGCAGCAGAGCCAGAUUUUUGUGUUCUCGACGCAGAUGGCAAACGAUGCAGCUGAGACUGUAAUGGCAGGACAGUAUAAAAACAUUCUGUCGUUCCACAUGGACCAACCCAGCACAAAGAAGUUUCUGCAGAAACAUCAGAUGAAAAUAAAUCCAUUUGCUGGAAGUCCUGGUGGCAUGCCAAUACGAAAUGUGAGGCCAAGCCUGGCGAUGAAGAACCCGGCAGGAAUGGGGGGAACCUUCCCUCCUAACUCUUCCGUGGAACAGUGGGUCCAGCAACAGAAUGCUCAGCUGCAGGAACAAUACAAUUUCCCUCCCAUGAUGAACUCUAGAAAUGGAAACAAUCCAGGGAUGCCCCAGUGGCAGGGAGGAAUGAUGGGAGAGGUGUUUGAUUCUAAUGUGAUAGGAAUGGGGGGUAUACCAUUGGGUCCACACAAUCCAAGUUUGAGUCAACAGAAAGUCCCCAAUGAGAAUUUAACUCCCGAACAGCUGAAGAAAAGGAAAGAUGCCUUGCAGAACUUGCAAAAAAUACAAGAAAUGUUGUUUCCAGAACACCAACAGUUUGGGCCAGGACAGGCAGUAGCAGGUGGAAUGAUGCAGGAAGGAAUGCAAGGACAAAUGAUGCAGCAGAAUAUGAUGUCUCCACCUCACAAAAGAAUGAACACACAGCAGAGUAUGCCUAGCCAUGACAUGAUGCCUCAACAAGGCAUGAUGGGACCUGAUGGCAUGAUGGGGUCUCCGAAUAGCAUGAUGCCCAUGUCUCAGUAUGGCCCCGGGCCAUCUUUUAUGGGACCUCGGGGUCCAGGCCCACAAGGGAUGCAUAAUGUAACUCCAGCACAACAUGAAUGGCAACGUUUGCAGCGUGAAUUCUACAUUGAGAAAACACACCGGCAAACUAUGGUUCAGCGCAUGAAUCAUCCCAACAUGGAAAUGUCAGGAAAUGGGCCUCCACCACCUUCAUACCAACACUCAAUUGCUCAAAAACGUGGCUCUGUUAGUUCUACCUCUCCGAACUGUAAUGGACCGCUUGGGUCUCCCCCAAUGGUUUCACAGGGUGUUUUUGAUUCACAUGACAUGUUCUCUCAAGGACCACGUAGGUCUUCUUUUGGAUCUCUCGAACAAGGACCUGGUAUGAUGAAUCCUGGGAUGACUUCCGGUGGACAUUUUGAUCCUAUGAUGACUAACAUGCCAGGAUCUGGUGCUGUGGCCCCUGGCAUGUCUGGUCCCAUGCAUGGACGACAGCAAAAAUCGUCACGUCGGAGUAGUUCUUCAGAACUACAGCGUGUAGGUAACCCAGAGCCUCUUUUACCUGACCUGGUUCCCAGUCGACCUUCCUCGGGAACCAGUGUUGGAACGAGUGUGAGUAAGCCGCCGCCUAGCUAUGCACAACAUGCACAAUCACAGAAAAGGAAACGAUCCGAAAUUGAGGAGGACCUGUACAAAAAUCUACAACCUACACCCUCUCCUCAGCAAAUAAAUUACCUCAACCAGUUCGAAGGACAAGAACUAACAAUUACAAAACAGCUUAACUCAGCAUAUCGUGACCCCAGUACACAAGAAAGCCAUGGACCUGGAAAUCAGUUUGGAUCAAAUCCAGUGGCUCAUUCACCCAUGCAUAUGAAUUCAGGAACAAAUAAAGGUCCUAUGUCCAACUCAAGCCAGACGUCUAGUGGAGGACCACUGAAUAGCCCAGGGCCUUGCCCGAUGUCAGUACCAGGCCCUAGCCCACAUUCUGGAGCCAACAUGAGACUCUCACAUUUUGACCCACCCCCUGUGACAAACUCUAUAGCUAAUACCAUGUCAUCAACAAAUGUGUCAUCUAGUGCUCCCCUUACCCCAUCAAACAAAUCAUCACUCUCCAACAUCACAUCAUCAUCCCUCGCGGACUUAGCAAAGGGAGUUGAACAUUUAUCAAAUCAAAUGCAACAAAACAUGAUGCAGGGAGGACCCUUUCAUAGUAUUCAGAUGCAAGGACAGCAAGCAACAUCAAAUACAAAUACGUCGCAAUCCUCAACGAUUUCAUCUGUGUCAUCAACAGAAAUGUCAUCACAAACAAACACAACACCUAGUGUUAACAAUACAUUUGUGAAUGCCACCAUGUCCAUACAACAGUUGAAUAUCCAAAGUGUCAAUGCAGGCCCUGGAGGGCCAAAUUAUCCAAAUCCUCAAAUGAAUGUGCAACAAAUGAAUAUGGAGCAAAUGGGAGGUAUGCCAGUAUCGGCCCAAGGGCCAGGACAUCCCAACAUGCCCCCUGCAUCUGUGUCCAUGUCUCAGGGUCAAGCCAUGAUGGGUAACCCCAGCAUGAGUCAAGGAGACAUUAAUAAAAUCCAGCAGCAACAAGCAUCUGUUCAAAUGGGCAACAAAAUGAUGAUGGCCCAGGCCCAAUCCCAACAAAGUGGUCGCUCUGCAUCUCCCAGCAUGCACCCUGGCAAUACAGUGGGAAAUGCCAGUGUACAAAUUCAGUCUAAGACCCCCAAUACAAUUCAGUAUCUGCCUGCCCAUCCACCGGCCAAUCAGCCAAAUGCACCACAGAAACCUCCUGAUCUCAACUUUAUGCAAAGAUUUUCAUCACCAAUGAACAACUUUGAUUCGAAAGUACCCACCUCUAAAAUGCAGUAUUUCCCCAACCCCCAAGAUCAAGUUAUGAGGCCAGGUAGGAUGUCCCCAUUCGCGGGAGGUCCACAGAUGGGAGGGAUGCCUCCGCAACAUAUGAUGCAGCGGGGGGGAUCAGCAGGGCCCGAGUUCUCCUCUAUUGGACCCGGUGGGCCUCCAAUAAGUGGAAUAAACGAAAUGAUGAUGAAUAACAUGGCUGAGAGUAUGGGAGGCCACAUGGGUUCAAAUAUGGGCAACAUGCCACAAGGAAUGAUGCCAGGGCCGAAUGAACAGGGUAUGAUGCAGGGCAACAUGCGAGUGUCACCGGGGAUGAUGGCAAUGGACCCCAUGGGUCCAAUGUCUCAUCCAAAUUCACCACCAUAUGACAUAGGACCUGAGCAGAUGAUGGGGCCAGGACCAGCAAUGAUGGCGGGACCAAUGGGGUCUAGGAGGCCAACACGAGGGUUCCCACCAGAGAUGAUGCCUGGGGGCAGAGGGCCAACAUCAAUGGAAAUGAUGUCAGGGGGCAGUUCAGCAGCAAGAUUGUCAGCAAUGAGCAACUUUGGGCCAUCAAUGCCACCUCAUGGAGGACAGAUGCCUCCGCAUGGAGGAAUGAGAAUGCCAGGUGGGCCUGCGAUGGCUAUGGGGGGUCCGCAGGGCGGAAACCCUUCUUAUAGUGCCCAGUAUCAACAAUUCCAACAACAGUUGUAUUCUCAAGGACGUCCACGACAAAUGUCACCUAUGGAGGGAAUGAUUGGAGGCCCUGGCCCGGGUGGACAGUAUAUGGGCAUGAUGCCCAAUAUGCCUGGGCCAUAGUGACCUUACAGUACAAUAUAAAGUGAUGAACCUGUUAUUGUUAUUAUUAUGUGAAUUUCUCUGUCCUACUUUCAUUAAUGUGUCAACAUAAAGUGUCCUCUAAGGGUAUACAUGUACAUAUGGUUUCAAAACUGCUUGAAAAAGUCACAAUCUUUGUUAGUCAGGGACCACAUCAAUUGUAUAUCAAACAAUGUCUGCUAAUAUCUAGGGUACAUGUGUAUUGAUGUUUUGUUAAGUUACUGCUUCAAGAUGGAUUUUCUACAAAGUCUACUUUGUUAAAGGCUGAUGUUUUGAGAAGUUGAUGCUGCUAUUUUGUACUACAGUAAAACAUGCUUAUAUCAAAGUUCUGGGACAAGCAUCUUUUAUUCAUUACAAAAGUAUUUCGUUAUAUCCAAUAAGUUCAUGUUUUAAAACUACGGGGAAUAUAAAUUACUUUGCUGUAAGCGUGAAUUCAUCAUAAGUAUGUUGGCUAUAACUGUGUUUUACUGUAUACAAUAUCUUGAUAAGGCUGACAGUUUACUUGCAGGUUGUGAUACCAAGAAUUUUUUUUUUUCAAAGUGCUACCAAAUUUUUAUUGUACUGUGUAAUUUUACUUAAUGACAGAUGAAUCAGAAUACUCAAAAGCAUUCUCACUCUUAUUUUCUCCCUAAUAUCAGCAUCCAUGAAAGAUUUACAAACAGGAAAAUGGUUGAUUUGGUAAAGGCCAAACCUCUUGAUGAUUGUUUUAGUCAUUUAAUUUUUGUCAGAUUGAUAAUGAUCCCGCAAUUUUGAUGGAUAGAAAAAAAUUUUAAUUUCCUGCAUCAACUGAAAAAUAUACGGAGCGAUGUUAUGUUUUUAUUCAACACAUCGUUUUAAACUUUCUUAACGUCAGAACAUAGGAUAUAGUGUGUAGUGUUUUUAUCUAAAUAAAGUAUUAUAAAUAGUUUUAAAAAUCAAUGAACGGAAUUAUGAUAAUAAGAAGUGACCCUUUGAUUUAGGUAUUAACUGAAAAAUUGGUGGAAACUUUUGGAUCAGUGCUACAUGCAUAAUCCAAUUUUUUCAGUGGUAUUGUCUGAAAAAAUUAUUAAAGAAUUGUAUCUUGGAUAUAGGAAAAAGAAGCAAGUUUUAAUUUGUAAGAUUUUCAGAUGAAGAUCUAUUAUUUUAAAAAGCUCAAUAUUUUUUUAUGAGUUUUAGUGUAUAUGCACUUGUGUUGAUAAUAUGAACAAGGGUACGGAGUAAAAUUUGGAACAGGGUAUCGCAUGCUGCGGAGAAACGCAUUAUUAUUGACACGAUACGGAAUUUUUUGCCUAAAUUGUUUUUUUGUGCGUCAGUUGUUUUGUACUACUCCACACAGUAUAUGAACAUCACAGAAAUGACAAUGGUUGACAGGAAAAUAUCCACAUUUACAUCGAUAGAGGGGAUUAUGAACUUAGCUAUAGUAAAACUUGGAGCUCUCUGAGAAAGGGGCAUACUUCUUUGACGAUUAUUCCCUCUAAUUUGUCUUGGGAUUUGGGAAGUAUAUUGUACAAAUAGCUUUACAGGUUGUUUUUUUUUUGUUUUUUUUUUUUUAACCAAAGGAUCUACUUCUAGAUUUUUCUGAUGCCAAAUUGAGCAUUAAGCAGCCUGGAUUCAUACUUUCUCUGGAUUUUAAAAUGUCUUUCAUUUUUACAUCACACAAGUUUAUGUUUACAUCUGUCAGUGAUAUUAUAAUAUUUAAUGAUUUUGCUAAGUGGGUUAUGUAUUCAAACAUUUUUAAGCCAUUGAUUAAACAUCGAAAAAAGAUUUUAACACCCAGCAAAGCAUGACGUAUUUAAUGAGUGGUUGUUGACAUGUAUAUUUUUGUCAUUUUUUUUUCCUGAAACUUACAGUUUUUUCUUUGAUAUAUUCAAUUAGGACUUCACUUUUGGCUACACUUAUACCAUUUUUAUCAGACUUGAUAGUUAUAUAUAUAUUAUAUACACAUGUCUAUUAUAUCUAUGUCUACAUAUUGUAAAUAUCUCAUGUACAUUGAACUAUAUGAUCAUCGUUUCAUUGAUGAUAAACCUCCAUCCAUAUUAUUGUAAAUAAGUCUUCAUUCUGUACUUAAUGGUCUACAAAGAGCAUAUCAUUUGAUGUAGAAGGAUUAUAUAAUUACUGUUAUAUAUAUCUGUUGUCAAGGAGAUUUGAUCUUGACCUUUGAUUGUUCCUGAAGUUCUACUCGUGCAAUACAAGCACCAAUAUAUUUAGACUUUUAUUCGUAGUUUAUAAAACAAGUGAGGAAUGAGUGAAUUCUGGACAAAACAAUGUGGCUCCAUAACAAGACAACAUGUAGCUUCUCUGCGUUCACUAUUUCUCAAGACUCUCUCUCUCUUACUAAAACUAUUUCAAUGAAGUACAAGAUAUUGAAAAAUAAAUACAUAUAUUUUGUAAUAAUUGUUGAAGAAGAAACUGUUAAACAGAAUCCAUGCUUAUUUUGUUUUCUUUGGAAGGUGAACUACAAAAACUACAUUGUUGAACAAACCAGGGCUUUCAGGUGAAAGCCUCGAUAGUUUUAACAAUUGUUGAAAAGAGGAAUUAAAGUACAGAGUAGAAAAUUCUAUUUUUGAUACAUUUUAUACUGUGGACUGCUGAGACAUCAGUCUGACACUGUAAAGUAUGUCGCAGAACGUGCCAUUCAGUGUGUGAACUGUUGCACGUGUCCUUUCCUUCCUUGUCAGUUAAUUUAUUGUGAACUAGAAUCUGUCGAGUGAUUGGUUAUAAUUUUUCUACAAAAUGUUGAUUAUUGGAGAGACUGAAUGUGGUUCUAUGUAGGCAGUUUUUCAAACAUUAAAAUGUCAUUCACAACA